AUGGCGGCGCAGCACCACACGAUGGACUUGCAGCAGGCGCUGGAAUCGCGUGUGCCGUACGAGUUUCUCAGCCCCGCGCUGCGGCAGCGGGUCAGCGUGAGGGCGUACCAGCAGCACUGCGUGCACCACGCGGCGAUGCGGUACUACGAAUACAGACGCCUGCCGGAGUUCGUCCGCGCUGGCGUGGGGGAGGCGAGCUACUACGAGAUGAUGCUUCAGCAGCUGCAGGGGAAGCUGCAGCUGUAUCCGUACAUGCACAUACGCAAGGUGGUGCAGCACACGAAGGAGACACCGCUCAGCUACUACACGACAAUGGUCGCAGAACUACUCAAGGCGGAGCGCAGCUACGACACACUCCCCAACUUCACCGCUGUCGAUGUGCUCAACAGCGUCGGCAUCGGGCGCAACCAGUACCUCGAGCUCACCAAGGAGGUGCGGAGCAAACUGCGCUGGCACAUCAAUCGACAGUACGUGCGGGACCAUCUGCCGUCGGAGAUGCUGCAGGCCAUCGUGCUACCGCCGUUCUGGCGUGUCUUCGCGGUGAGUGUGCCGGCAGAGGUGUUGAAGCGUGCCGCCCUCACCGCAGAGGAGGCCUCGUUGCACCGCCAACUGCUUCUGCAGCCUCGGAGAGGGCGCGGCAGCAACAUCAUCAGCAGCAACGAUGACACCAGUGGUGGCGACGGGCAGCCGUGCUACUACGCCUGCGAGCUGCCGCACGCACCACUGCACCGCUUGUACCGCAAGGGACUUGUCUGCGCGACGUUCACUGUCAGUGCGGAGGAUCAAAUUGUGGUGCCGCCACUCGAGCGCUUCGUCAUGAACCGCACCUCUGACGACCCCGGCGAGGUGCUGCUGUAUAGGGUCCUCGCGACAAUAGACAACCGCACCUCGCUGAGUCUGCUUGCGCAGCUUCUUAUGCUUGAUGAGGCAGAUGUCUGCACAGCGGCCCACAUGUACAUCCGCCUUGGCCUCGCACAGUUCAAGAGAAUCCACAUUCCUGAUGAAUUUGCACAGUCGACCGAGCGCGUGCACGAGACGUGGCGCGACGCGGUGCAGGAUCUGGUGUCAGAGGCUGCUGCUGCUGCUGCUGCGUCUGCCUCCCUUGCGAACUCUGUGGCACGAAUAGCGGGGGGCUCGCGUGAUGUGGAGGCGUACGGCGGCAGCAGCAACAACAACAACAAUAGCCACCCGUCAAGGCGUGUGGCGCUGUUGUACGACGCAAGUCUCACGGGGUUCCUCAUGAUGACGAACCUGAGCUCCGAUCCAACAUUCAAGCAGCACGCGGUCACGCUGUUCGAGGUGGGGAAACUGCCAGAGGAGAUGAUGGGGAGCUUCAUUGAGAAGCUUGAGCAGGUCGACAACCAUGCUGAGCUCGACCUUGGUGGUGAGGCGGUGAAGUACAUUCAGAGUGUGCUGUGCCUGCGCGAGGUGCUCAAGGCGCUCCAGUGUGUAGAGGGCCCCGACAAGGAGUGCGGCGUCGACAUGAUCAAGGUGGAGUCGAUGAACGAGCUUGAGCCAACCACGCGCUACUCCGUCCUGGGGCGCAACUACUGGGCGUACUUUGUCACGUCUCCGGUGUCGUACGCGCCGCUCAUUGACGUGGCACUUAACUGCGUAUACGGUAGCACUGUGAGCCUGAUGCCGUCGCCAUGGAUGACGCUGUACCUCUACGCCACAAUGGGCACAGGACCGCCGUCGUUGCUGCUGCCAGCUGGUGCACGACUAUACGCAUGGCCGGCGAUGCUGCAGGACACGGGGAACAGUAUCGCAAAGCUGCGCCUACAACCACUAACGAUGGAUGCGGAAAUCACGUACGUGGAGGCGGCCACCUCCAUUAUUUUGGCGAACGAAAUGACGGCGACAGCGCCGAUGUUUGUGCAAAGGGUGGCGGAUGUACCGCUGUCCCCAACAACAGGACCCUCAGCAGCGGGUGGUGGUGGUGGAGGAGGAGGAGGAGGAGGAGGUGGUGGUGGUGGUGGUGGUGGCGGGUUUCUCCUGGAGGCUGCCGCCUACACGUCACUCACCGUGAUGGUGCCCUUCACUGCCUCUGAUGAGGAGGCGGUGAAGCUGCUGCGCGUGGCAGUGGUACAACACCUGCGCAUGGAUGCAGAAGAAGCCGUGCGCUUUGUUGAUGCCCGCGCCGGCUGCAGUGAUAAUGCCCCCGCUUCGCGGUUUCUGGAUCGAUUCCAUGCUGCGGUGGUGGCGAUGCAUUUGGAGAACUCGCUUGGCUGCUUUACGUUCUAUGUGUCCCUCUGCGAUGUCACAGCCACGGUGAAGAAGAAAUCGACAACGAGAGCGUCUACAACAACGACGACGACGGUAGCAAAGACGACUACAUCAAUUGCGGAUGCCGGGACACCUCUGGCGUCAGAGGCAUCAGCAACGUCUGUAUCCAAACCCGAGGUGGGAGCAAAUGCGGCAACAGGGGCUAAAGAUGCAGAAGAGGCCGUGCGUGUGUACAGUGUGGAUGAGGCUUUUGUCGUUGACAUUGGCCUGGGCAUUCCCUUGACAAAUUGGCAUUGCUGCUCGGUGAUGGUGCACCACCUGGGAAGUCUGUUGGGCGAGGCGCGCAGCGAGUGCCACAACGACGCAAUGCGGCACCUCGCAAGUGACUUUGGCGAGUUCCUUGAGCGCUACUCGCCGCUGACGACAGCCGCGCGUGAGAAGAUGGCGCUGCAGUCCUCCGCUGUCACAGGGCCGACGACUCAGAUGCAUAUUCGGCGCUUGGGCGAAGGGGGGAACGGCGGCGCGCCGUUCCCGAGUGCGAUGAUUGCGUUUGACGGCGAGCGCCUCGUUGUGACCGAUGACUGGAACCCUCUCGUGGAGUUGUGA